CUCGGCUCGGCUCGGCGGCGAUGGCUCUGCCGGGCGCGCCGGCCCCCGGGCCCCCCAGCGGCCCCGCGCCGCCCCCCACCGUGCUCAUGUCCGUGCGCGUCUGGGCGGCGCGGCCGCUCGGCCUCCUGCCGCCGCCCGCCGGGGCCUCGGCCGCCGGGGACGCGCUGCUCCGCCUGCAGCUCAGCGUGCGGCCCGGGCCGGCCGGGGAGCCGCUCUUCCGCCUCGCCCUGCGCCACACGGACGCCCGCCGGAGCGUGAGCAUUGCUGAGUAUAACCUCAAAGACAUCUCGUACUCGGUGAAGAACACCUCGUGCCACGAGCUGACGGUCCUUAGCAGCUCAGACAACCCGAUGGUGUUUCACUUCGAAGAUGAGCGGGAGGCACAGAAGUGGUGGACGGUUGUCAGCAGCUCCCUGCGGGAGGUGCAGAAAGCUGCCGAGAGUCCCAGUGUGCUGGUGCCACAGCCCUCUCCCCUGCCCUCAGCCAGCGGGAAUGCCCUGCCCGCGCCGCCAUCGGACGCAUCUCAGCCCUUGGAGCUCUCCAAUAAAGAGGAGUUAGCGCUCCGCCUGGCUAGAGCCAUUGAGCUGGGGGACGAACAGGCAGCCUCGCAGUGCGCCAUGGCGCUGGCUCGGCAGCAGGCCUCCUUGCGCAUCCUACUGAAGGAAUCCAGCUACCCCACCAACGAGAUCAGGAUGAAGGUUGGAGUGGAAGAUGCGACGUGCUCCGCCAACAUCACCAUCAGAGUCCAUGCACACAUGUCCAUCGGGACACUGAGGCAGCAGGUUUUCCAGGAUUACGGGUUCCACCCCAGCGUGCAGCGGUGGAUUAUCGGCCAGUGCUUGUGCGUGGACGAUCGGACGAUAGGCUCGUAUGGCAUUCGGAAGGAUGGAGACACAGCCUUCCUUUAUCUGCUGUCAGCCAAGAGGGCCAACCUGUCCGAGCAGCGCUGCGAAGAGGACAAAGCGCUGGUCAUGCUGCCCCCGGCCCCCUCGCUCCCAGACAGCUCUGGCACCGAAGAGAAACGCAAAUACAGCACCUUGCCAAACAUGGCUCCAAAGAAAGCGUGGGUCACUGACAACAGCGGGAAGAUGAAUAUCGGAGAAAUCAGCCGCCAGCUGGGCAUGCUGCAGCUCACCAACCCCUUACCCAGCCAGUCCAAAGCCCCCCCAGCCGCUGCUGCUCCACCGUCCCCUGUGCAGACAGGCUGGGCGUGUGCAAAAUGUACCUACAUCAACAAGCCCACGCGGCCGGGCUGCGAGAUGUGCAGCACGGACCGGCCGGUGGAAUACGUGGUGCCGGGCAGCUACCAACCGGAUGAGACGGAGCUCUGGAGGAUGCAGCAGGAGGAAAAGGGGAUCUUGCAGUACCAGCAGCUCCAUGCGCCAGCGCCCGGGGGCGGGCACGUCUUUGUCACGUGCGGCAUGGCCCUGGAGGACGAGCGGCUGCAGAACUUCCAGCAGUUGCUGCAGCUGGAGGAGGAGGUGCUGGUGCCCAGCCAGGAGGCCAUGGAGUGCCGGAUCUGCUACCUGCCCGUGGCUCCAGGGGACGGGGUGCUGCUUCGCGAGUGUCUGCACAACUUCUGCAGAGACUGCCUGCGGCAGGUGGUCAUCUACAGCCAGGAACCCCAGGUGUCCUGCCCCUUCCGCGAUGACACCUACGCCUGCAGCAGCAAGCUCCAGGAACGGGAGGUCCGGGCGCUGGUGUCAGCAGAGGAGUACAAGCGGUUCCUGGAGCGGGGCCUGGUGGCAGCAGAGAGACGCACCCAGAACAGCUAUCACUGCAAAACCGCAGACUGCCAGGGCUGGUGCAUCUACGAGGACGCCGUCAACGAAUUCCGCUGCCCCAUCUGCUGGGGCCUGAACUGCUUGCUCUGCAAGGCCAUCCACGAGGGGAAGGACUGCCGCCAGUACCAGGACGACCUGCAGCUCCAGGCCCAGGACGACGCUGCGGCCCGGCAGACCAGCGACAUGCUGCAGACACUGGUGCAGAUGGGCGAGGCCAUGCACUGCCCCGUAUGCCGGAUCAUCGUGCAGAAAAAGGACGGCUGCGACUGGAUCCGCUGCACUGUCUGCCAGACGGAGAUCUGCUGGGUGACCAAGGGGCCACGCUGGGGGCCCGCGGGCCCUGGUGACACCAGUGGAGGAUGCCGCUGUAACGUCAAUGGGCAGAGGUGCCACCCGCACUGCCAGAACUGCCACUGAGCACGCGGAGCCAUGCCUGGGCCUCCCCCCCUCGGCAGCCCCCUGGCCCCAGCACAGGUCAGGCAGGUGCCUUGCUCCUGGGGGAGCGCCUAGCCCUUGCCCGUGCAGUGCCUUGAGGGGCUCCUCCCUGCUCUGGGGGGCUUUCACCUCCCACUCUGAACCUGGCCCAGGGCCUUCUUCCUGCUGAGCCCUAGGCUGGGCCUGUCUCUGCAGCCCCGGGCCGGCCAGGGAGGGAGCUGUUUGGGGUCAGGAUUUCAGAGCAGCUGCUGCCUCUGCACCUGCCUGCCUGGCCCCAGGGCUACAUUCGUGCUUCUGGAGCUAUGCAGGGCUGGGGUAACUGGGGGUGGGGAAAUGCUGCUGGUGUAGAGAGGUCCUCAGCCCCCCUGCAAUUUAACCUGGGCCUUGCCUUCACUUGCCCUGUGCCCUGUACCCUCUCCUGUGGCGGUUGAGUGCCUCCCCCAACACAGGGAGCUCCCCGUAACGACCUCGGGGGGCGGGGGUUUACAGAGGCUGGUGUUUCCCACUUCUGGGAGGAUCCUUCCUUUGGAGGAUCCUUGGGCUGCAGGGCCCAGGAAAGCUGCACACUUAUCCCUUACUGUCAUGUGCAGGGGGCAGAGACGUCCCUUGGCCCCGGCCCAGUCCCCCCAUGCCCAGCGUAGCACAAGCUGCUCCAGGCUGGCCUCCCUCUCACCCCUCGGGCUGAGCUGUUGGGGGCAGCCUGGCACUGCCCAGCUCAUGGCCAGGCUGCUUGAAGGAUUUACCUCCGGAGGGUGGCUGUGGCCUGCCAGAGCUGGUGCAAGGAAGCAGCCCCAAAAGGCCCCAGUUGGGCUCUCUGCCCCUUUGGGCAGCUCAGGCUGUGAACGGUGCCACCCCCAGCCGGCAUGGCAGGAGAGCCCAUCGUGGCUGCUCCUGCAGGAAUCCAGCAGCUCGUGGAGAUGGGGCCGGUGCCAGGCUGGUCUGGCUCUGGGGAGGCAGUCAGGGCCACUGCACAGCAACACACACAUCUGUUGGAGGCACCAGGGCAGCAGCUAGUGCCCAUGCCGCAGGGCACUGCAGCCCCGGAGAUGCUAGCAGCAGUGGCCAAGAGCUGGGGUAACUGAUUUGCCCCACCCCCACUGCAAGGGGAGGGAGCACGGAGGACCCCAGCCAGGCCUCUGUGCAGUGCCCUUCCCUGCAGCAUGCUAGGAAGAGGGACAGGGCUGCUCUCCAUGAAGCCUGAGGGAGGGAGGGGGGGGAAUCAGCCUCUGUCGGGCACCUCCCUCAGUAAAGUGAGUGCUGCGUCCCCGCUGGCCCCAACACAACUCAGACAGAUGCUGCUCUGGGGACAGAACUGUUUAAUAAAUGUCACCAUUACACACAGGCUCCCCAGAAGCUGGGGCUGCAGGGCACAGGCCUUCCCCUCGGGCUGUACUGGGCUCCCCUGGGGGUGGGAAGGAGGCAGGGGAGCAGGUGGGAGUGACAGGGCCAGGGGAAGGCGAGGGCCCCCGGGCAGGGCCUAGGCCAACACACCACACCACACUUCCCCACUGAAGACUGAAGGUUUAUUUCUGCCCCCUCAGCGGGCAUGUGCAGACAGCAGCCGCCCCCCUUCCCAGAGUCCUUUCCCAGGCCUAGCAGACGAGCAGCUGUGUCCAAGGGAGAGGACAUUAAAUAAGAGUAACACGUCA